UCAUAGUCGUGCGACCAUGUAAUUCGCUGUAGCAAUUAAAUACCAAAAAGAAAAAAAUAAAUAAAGCAGGAAAAAACCUAUUUGCAAUAAUUAUCCCAAUAAUGGGCGACUCAAACAAAGGAGAUACUCUACGUCUGCCGAAUGGCGAUGCCCUGACGGGCGAUGAGGUCAAGUCACCGUUUCUGAUUGGCGUGGCAGGCGGCACGGCCAGCGGCAAGUCGACGGUGUGCAAGAAGAUCAUGGAGCAGCUGGGCCAGGCCGAAAUGGAUCAUACGCAGCGCCAGGUGGUGGCCAUCAGUCAGGAUAGCUUCUAUCGCGAGCUGACGGCUGCCGAGAAGGCCAAGGCACAAAAGGGCUUGUUUAACUUUGAUCAUCCGGAUGCGUUCAACGAGGAGCUGAUGUACGAUACGCUGCAGGACAUUCUCAAGGGGCACAAGGUGAAGAUUCCCGGCUAUGACUACCGCACCAAUUCGCUGGACUUUGAGAACAUGCUGGUUAUCUAUCCAGCGGAUGUGGUGCUGUUUGAGGGUAUUUUGGUCUUCUAUUUCCCCAAAAUACGCGAUCUCUUCCAUAUGAAACUGUUUGUGGAUACCGACUCGGACACGAGACUAGCGCGACGAGUGCCACGUGAUAUCAAUGAGCGUGGCCGGGACCUGGACGCUGUGCUCACCCAGUACAUGACGUUUGUGAAGCCCGCCUUUGAGGAAUUUUGCUCGCCCACAAAAAAGUUUGCUGACGUUAUCAUACCACGCGGCGCCGACAACACAGUUGCCAUUGAUCUCAUUGUACACCAUAUCGGGGAGAUACUCGCCACCACGAACAGCGCACAGCACAGCCACACAAUCAGAGCUGCGCCGUCCAGCAUGAAGCGAGAUCACUAAAUGUGCAAAAUAAAUUACAAAAAAACAAAGCCUAAACCCCCUCAAAGGUGGUGCGCCGUGUCCUCAAAGCUUAUACUAAUUUUGCCAAAAAAUUAAGUGAGAAACACCAAACAGAAAUAGAGAAAAACAAAGAAGAAAGCGCCGGGCCUCGCUCCUCAUAUUUCGCCACACCCUGUAACACGACACUAAUGUAGCGCCUAAGUUUGAAAAGUAUCUUUAGCUAUAGCUACUAUUAUUAUAUAUUCUACUCGAUUAUUAAUUAAUUAUAUUCAAAUAUUAUACAUGGUAGUGUGUAUGUGUAAGCUCGAAAAAUGUCACAAAACUGGCUCCUUCGCUCUGACUUUUUGUAAGGUUCCUAAGCACUUAAUUCACCCAAAAUUCACACACAAGUCACAGCUCUAAUUAUUGUAAAAUUCAUAUUUUAAUGCCCGAUACUUGUAGAUCAAGAAAGUCGCGUGCAGACAACGCAAACUGUCCGUCUGUUUAUCGUUUAAGUUUCCUAAAAAAUGAUUUCAUAUAUUUCCAAGUAUUUUAUGACUCUUUCUGCUCUCGAAAUUUUUAACCAAAAACCAUAAAUCACCUUCCAUGCCUUGCAUGCCUUUGGUUUAACAUAAAACCCUUUCAAAUAACACCAACAAU